AUGGCCCGGGCUCGGCCGUAUCGCUGCGGCCUCCUCUUGCUAGCCAGCUUCCUGGGCCCUGCGUGCCUCCUCCACCAGCAGGCUGAUCGCCACGCCGCGGACGACGCCGCUCACGGCCAGUCGCAGGAGUGGUCCAUGCGCCGCCGGCUGCACAAGGUCAAGUCGCGCCGCCGGCUGCGUCCCGGCAGCCACUUGAUACACCUGCGGCCGCGCGAGCUCUCCAGCCCGGCGGAUGGGCCGCCACUGCUCCGGUUUGCCGUCUAUUCCGACACCCACUACUGGGUUCGCUCCUCGACGCGAUCGGCGUGGAUGCGGCGGGUGGCGGCGGCGCCGGUGCGCGACGGGCUGGUGGUCGACGCGGCCGAGGAGGUGCUGCCGCUGCUACUGCGCCAACUUUCCGCCUUUGCAGCCUCCGGCGCCGACUUUGCAGUCCACGCCGGCGAUGCCGUCUGCGGCGGCAGCAGCUUUCAGCAGGCGGGCCGCACGAGCUGGCCGGUCUACCACCUGCCAGGCAACCACGACAUCCACCCUUCGGGGGGGGGGACGCGCGCAUGGCGCAAGGCCAUGUGCGCCAACGCGUCCAGAGAGUGCGACGCGGCGCAGCCCUGGGGACACGCUUGCGAUGCGACCGUCCACGCGCGGACCAUCUACCGAGCGGUCUGCGCCCGCGCCUGGCGGGUGCUGCUCCUUGACGCCACCGACGGUAUCGACAGCGACUCGGACGGCCGCGGCCACAUCGGCGCCACGCAGCUAGGGUGGCUGCGAGCGCAGCUGGACGCGUCGGCAGCCGCGCGCCAGUCGGUGAUUCUGGUGAUGCACCAGCUGCUCGUGCAACCGCCGGGUGACGGCUGGGACUUUAUCGACAACCGCGAGGAGGUGCUGGCGCUGCUGGCACGGUACGACCACGUCCGCCUCUCGCUGCACGGCCACGUGCACGCAAACUCGAUCGCGACGCGCGGCGGCGUCGUCUUUGUGCGCCUCACCACGCACGCCGUCGACGCGCCGCUGCAGCGCGUCCGCUCGCGCGACGCCGACCCGCGCCUCGGCCGCAACGACAUCAAGCUGGGGCCGAGCCUCGCGAACUACGUCGUGAUCAACACUUGCGCGAACUCCCGCCACCGGCACUGA